GCGGAAGCGUAGGGGGCGACGCAGGCGGGGGAGACGGGGACGAGGACGAGGACGACGACGACGACGGCUGCGGCUGCGGCGGCGGCGGGUCCCAGCUGUGGCUACGUCUCUAGAUCCCCUCCAUCAUGGGAGUGCGAGGUCUGCAGGGAUUUGUGGGGAGCACGUGUCCACACAUAUGCACGGUAGUAAACCUCAGAGACCUGGCAGAGUGCCACCGCAGCAAGCAUCCUGGCAGCUCCCCGACUGUUGUGGUUGACGCCAUGUGCUGUAUCAGGUACUGGUACACACCUGAGUCCUGGGUCUGUGGUGGCCAGUGGCGAGAGUACUUCUCUGCCCUGCGGGACUUCGUCAGGGUAUUCACGGAGGUCGGCAUCAAGCUGGUGUUCGUUUUCGAUGGCAUGGUGGAGCAGGACAAGCGAGACGAGUGGGUGAAGCGCAGACACAAGAACAGCAGGGAGAUUUCCAGGAUCUUCCACUACAUCAAGUCUCAUGGCGAGCAGCCUGGCAGGCACAUGUUCUUCAUCCCACCUGGCCUGGCCGUGUUCACACGGCUCGCCCUGAAGGCCCUGGGCCAAGAGGCCCACUGCUCCCUUCAGGAGGCUGACUAUGAGGUGGCCUCGCAUGGCCUCCAGGACGGCUGCCUUGGGGUCCUUGGUGAGGACACCGACUACCUGAUCUACAACACCAGCCCAUACCUCUCCAUACAGGAUCUGUGCCUGGACACCCUGGACACGGUCAUGCUGUGCCGGGAGAAGCUAUGUGAGAGCCUGCACCUCAGAGUAGCAGACCUGCCCCUGCUGGCAUGCCUGCUUGGCAAUGACAUAAUCCCACAAGGCAUGUUCGAAAGCUUUCGGUACAAGUGCUUGUCUGCCUACACCGCUGUAAAAGAAAACCUGGAUAAAAGAGGCAACGUCAUCCUGGCUGUGGCAGACCACAUCGCUAAAGUCCUUCGCUUGCAUCAAGGUGAGAAGAAACUAGAAGAGAUGCUGCCUUUGGGACCAAACAAAGCUCUUUUUUAUAAAGGAGUGACAUCAUAUCUUUUGCCAGGACAGAAAUCUCCAUGGUUUGUCCAAAAAUCCAAAGCUGUAAUAACUUUGGACAAGCAAAUAUUGUCUAUGAGUUCAGAUGUAUCCAUGUGUUCAGAUCCCGAGUCCCAGCAAGAAGUACCCAUGGAUGUAGACCCUGAAUUUAAGCUAGAAGCACCCUUGUGUACAAACCCUGAAAUUAAGCAGGUAACCAUGAGUUCAGAACCUGAAAUCGAGCAACAAGUAACUCUUUGUUCCAACCCUGAAAUCAAGCAGGAAGUAACCAUGGUUUCAGACCCUGAAAUCUUAAAGGUUGCUAGAGCACAGCACGUCCAGGGUGAAAGCUACCUGGUAUACAAUAUCAUGAGCAGAGGGGAGAUUGAGUGUAGCAACACCCUGGAGGAUGAGCUCGACCAGGCCCUGCCGAGCCAGGCCUUCGUCUACCGCCCAGUCCGCCAGCGUGUCUACGCACUCCUGUUGGGGGACGACGAAGAUGGUGCCUGUGGUCUGGCCAAAGAGACCAAAGAGGUGAAGGAGUGGUUUGUGUAUGCCGGGAACCCCCUGAAGCACCCAGACCUUGUCAGGCCACUGCCAAUGAGCGUCCCAGGAGGAACACCUAGCUUGAAGGCACUGUGGCUGACAGAGGAGCUAGGUGUGCAGGCGCGGCGAUUUGAUGUGCUCCUGGCCUGCUUCAACCUUUCCUCCAUGCGGGAAGACGUACAAGCCGUCGAGGGCCCGCUCAGGGCACUGUGCUGCCUCCUGAUCUACCUCUUUGUGCAGGUGGACACGCUUUGCCUGGAGGAUCUGCAAGCUCUGAUUGCACAGGCACUGUGCCUCCAAGCGAAGUCGACGGCGCAGCUGGCGGACUUGCAGCUAAACAGAAAACCUUGGUUCAGAAGUAAUUUGCCUGAAGCUAGAAAUGUUGGAGUCAGGAUUCCAGCCUGGACUCUGAAAUCCCUGUGCAUACUGCUUUUUUUAUGUCACGGCCUGCUGGUUACGAAGCCUCGUCCAGUCCCAAGCCCAGGCUCCUGGGAUGCUGAAAUCCAAGAUCAGCAUGGAAGGGCACCUCUGCCCCUCAGCCGCUCCUCCUCAAGAACUGUCAGCAGUGAAUCAAGUCCUGGAUCUGGCACAAGGUUCUCUUGUCAGGGUCACAGCACUCUGGGAGCAUUGCAAGUGUGGCUCGCGUACAUGGUCCUGUGCCAUCCGGGGCUCUCCAGCAAAUAAAAGCUCCUUUCUGGAGCAAAGAGCAUCAGAACCAUGAAUGAGGUGAUUAAGAGAAUGGGUGAGGGGCUCUCCUUUACAGAGGCGCCGUCUUAGGCAGACACAGCACAGUUAGUGACGGCCAGGCUGAUGGUACGUCACCUCCACCCUUUUGGGUCAUUUCUAACCAACAUGGACCACUUGGUGAAGGUUGAACACCACUUGGAUGUCAGUGAAGCUGGGUCAACUCCUGUAUUUUGUUAUACAGGUGCCUCAGCGGCGUAAAGGCUAGCUGUUUCCCAUGUUCUGUGUUAUCAGAACCCUGCCUGCUGAUGUUCAAGAAGCUUCUUUUAUGGUGGUUUUAUAAGCAUGUACCUACCUGGAACCAGAAGAUUUCUCAUAAAUAGAGUCUUUAAGACCAGACCAAGCUUCUUGGGCCAGAGACCCAGUUUAUCUUGUCUGAUAAACAGUAUUUAUAGUGUUCCCUCCCUGUUUGGAUUCCACCUACUUAGAGGACAGGUGCCCUCUGAGUGGCAUUGGAGGCUUUGUUUAGGUUGACCUAGGUUUGGGUCCUUAAAGUGUCAUUUUACAUAACUGCUAAUAAACCAGGGUGAGGGAGCCUCUUUAGCAUAUAAACAGCACCCCCUGGGCUGUUUACCACUAAAUAUUGACUGUGGGUAUUAAGGAAUGCUAAAAACUGGUUCUUCCAGUUUGAUGUCAGGAGCCAGUGGUACUUCUUGUCCCCCGUCUUCAUCACUGCAGAGGGAGAGCCCACCUGGGCUUUCAUCCAAAGCACCUUCAGGCCUGUUUCCAAAAUAUGGGCUGCUUGUGUUUGUGGUCUGGGCACAGCCCUCUCUCUCCCAGGGUGUCCCGAAACCCCAGGCACUUUUUGAGGAGGAAGGGGAGUUUCCGAGUUUUGCUCCUGCAGCCUGUGAAGAGGUCCAGAUUUUUCCUGCAGCCCCAGGUAGCUUAGAUUAGUAGUUCUGUUGGAUGAGUAAUUUAGAGGCUGGCCUUCCUCACCAGACCUUUCCCAAGCCCUGUUUUCACCAUGCUGAGCCCUUCCUUAACAGACUAGUUGAGGGAAGUACAAUUUAUCUUCUCAAACCUGAUGCCUGAGGAACAUUUUCAAAACACAUUCUGAGAAAUGAAAAUUUGGGGACCAUGACGCUUUCAAAGUAAUAUAUUUUGUUUCCCAGACCUGAGGAAGCAAAAGAAGACACUAUUAGUGUUGCUGCUUCUGGGUAUAAACCUACCAGCUGGUUGCUUUUGGCCGUCACUUACACCCGCGAAGAGCUGCAGGUCUCGGAAGCCCUAGCACCACCCCUGACAUGUUUGUCUCCACCACAUUGGUUUAAAAUUGGGGAAAGACAGCCACGUUUAGGAAAUGGGGUUACUGUUUAUAGUUUCCUGAAAUCUCACAUGGGCCAAUAUUCUGUCUUAGCCCCUGGGUCACAUUCCCUGUAGACAGCUGAGCUGGGCAGAACACCUGCCUUUCAGGCUUCCCAGCACAGAGUCGAAUCCCUGUGCCAGGUGUUUCUACCUUUGUAGAUGUGGUGAUGUGUUUGAUUCUUUGGGGUGGAGAGAUGAGAGGGAGAGUCAAUGUCUCAUUAAGUUGUUUGUAAGUCAAGAUGAGAGCUUUACAUUCAGCUCUUAAGUGAGCUGGAAGAGGCUACUGGUUGGGAAGAGAGGGUAUGGGUGGGCCCCGGGUGCAGGUGGGCCCUGGAUGUGACUGAGCCACAGGUGCAAGUGGGCCCUGGAUGUGGCUGGGCCCCGGGUGGAGGUGGGCCCUGGGUGGAGGUGGGCCCUGGAUGUG